AUGAUGCGGCAUGGCUUGUUUGGGCUCCUGGCCGCCGGCGCGGCCCUGUUCAUGGGAGAAACUUCCGCAAAGCUCGAUCAGAUGAAGACCAACGGCCACUCCGUGCUGGGCACUCUAGACGCCCCAACCCUGCCCAAGUACCUCUCAGGUGCCCCCAUGCCCAACGGCGCCCCGUGGAGCAACAUGACGGCCAAGACCAACUACUACCACGACAAACCCAACACGGGCGUGAUCCGACGCUACGAGUUCACUGUGAGCCGCGGCAUCAUUGCUCCGGAUGGCUAUCAGCGCGAUGUCCUGCUCAUCAACGACCAGUUCCCUGGCCCCCUCAUCGAGGCCAACUGGGGCGACACCAUCCAGGUCCAGGUUCUCAACAACAUCACCGGGCCCGAGGAGGGCACCGCGCUGCACUGGCAUGGCCUGCUGCACCGCGACAUGCCCUGGGAAGACGGCGUGCCGUCCGUGACGCAGUGCCCCAUCGCCCCGGGCGAGAGCUACACGUACAACUUCAUCGCUGACAUGCACGGCUCGACCUGGUACCACUCGCACUACUCGGCGCAGUAUGCGGACGGCCUCUUUGGCCCCAUGGUGAUCUACGGGCCCGAGCCAGAGGACUACGACAUUGACCUGGGACCCGUCAUGCUCUCCGACUGGUACCACCGACAGUACCAUGAGAUUGUCUCACAGCUGUUGCUCGUCAAUCUGACGCAGGGUGGCGUGUACACGCAAAACAACCUCAUCAACGGCAAGAUGAACUACGACUGUCGCAUCCCCGACGUUGUCAAAACGCUCAACUCGACGGCGCUGACGGAGCUCGCCAACACGCUCAACGCGUCGGCCCCGUGCGACAGCGACGCGGGCGUCUCCCAGUUCCGCUUCGAGAAGGGCAAGAAGCAUCGUCUGCGUCUCGUCAACUCGGGCGGCGAGGGCAUGCAGCGCUUCUCCAUCGACGAGCACAGCAUGACAGUCAUAUCCAACGAUUUUAUCCAGGUCGAGCCCUACGAGACGCAGGUCGUCACGCUGGGCGUUGGCCAGAGGGCGGACGUGAUUGUCGAGGCCAACGGAGACAAGGACGCCUACUGGAUGCGCAGCAACGUCUCCGUCCUGUGCAACGCCGCGCUACAGCCGUCAGCCAUGGCAGCCAUCUACUACGACGACGCCGACACCGAGUCCCUCCCGUCGUCGGUCGCUUGGAACAGGCCCGACCCGGCGACGUGCGGCAACGACGCCCUCGAGGUGACGCGGCCCGUUAUGGAGAUGCCCGUGCCGGAGCCGGACCUCACCAUCAACAUGACCAUGACCAUGUUCAUGAACGAGUCCAACAUUCUACAAUUUGCUACCAACGACAAUGUCGGCUUCCGCGGCAACUAUAACAGCCCGACGAUGCUGCUCAGCAACCUGGGCAACCAUUCGUUUGCGCCCGAGUGGAACGUGCAGAGCACGAAGAAUGCCAAGAGCGUGCGCGUGAUCUUGUACAACGAGAUACCAGAGCCCCACCCAAUGCACCUCCACGGUUUCAACAUGUACAUACUCGCCGAAGGCGGCAUCAAUGCGACAUGGGACGGCACCAUCGUUCACCCAGAGAACCCCCAGCGGCGCGACACGUUCCUCAUCCAGCCCCUGGGCUACACCGUCUUCCAGUUCGACGCCGGCACCAACCCGGGCGUCUGGCCCUUUCACUGCCACGUCGCCCUGCACGUGUCAGCCGGCAUGAUGACCCAGUUCAUGGUCAUGCCGGACGAGAUUGAGGAGUACAAGGUUCCCAACAAGGUCGCCGAGACGUGUCGCCAAUGGGGCAAGUGGACGCACACGAAUAUUCCGAAUCAGAUUGACAGCGGGUUGUGA